AUGUAUCCUCCUUGGUUGAUCCUAUCCGUAACGGCAUUUGGCUUCGCCGACAUUGCACUUGCCAUCGGAGAACAGUACGCGCUGGAAAGGUUUCCACCAACACCGAGGCUUUGCAUCCAGGAUGGGUGCCUCUAUGGUCGAGAUCUGGACGGACUGGAAGCAGGAAAGUACGAUGCAUUUUUGGGAAUUCCGUUUGCCAAGCCACCCAUAGGAGAGCUACGAUUCAAGAAUCCGGUACCGAGUGAACCGUGGAGUGGGGACUACGAUGCCACGUGGGAGCGAAGUCGAUGCAUCCAGAAGAAUGAUCUCCGACCGCAAGCAACGGUCGAAGGCAGCGAGGACUGUUUGUAUCUAAAUGUCUACCGACCGAAGGUAGGAUUAAACUUUAGAGGAACACUUCCGGUGAUAUUUUUCAUACACGGAGGAGGAUACGCUGCAGGAUCAACGACAAUCGGAGAGUUCGGUCCCGAACGGUUGAUGGAUACGAAAAAAGUGAUCCUAGUAAUGGCACAGUAUCGAUUAGGAGUGUUUGGAUUCCUGGCCACGGGAGACGAGGCUUCACCAGGAAAUUACGGUAUGAAGGAUCAGGUGAUGGCUCUGAAGUGGAUUCAACGAAAUAUCGAACAUUUUGGCGGGGAUCCCAAAAGGGUCACAAUUAUGGGACAAAGUGCAGGUGGCAGUGCGGUGCAGUGGCACAUGAUGUCUCCAUUAACUAAAGGGCUUUUCUCGAGAGCGGUUAGUAUGAGUGGAAGUGCACUCGGAUUCUGGCACUACAAUUACGAUCCUCUAGAUCUAGCACGGAAACAAGCAGCAGCUGUGGGUAUCCCAGAAGCCCAUCAGAUAUCCACCGCGGACCUAGUGGAUUCUUUGAAAAAGGUGGAUGCAAUCGAACUGGCGAAAAGCAUAGAUAGCUUAAAGUUUUUCCAUGUAUAUAGUUUAGCAACUUAUGUGCCUGUGGUUGAAAAGGUUGUUAAUAGUGAAACAUUCAUGAUGGAAGAUCCAAGAGAUCUUUGGGCUGCUGGGAAGUAUCACCAAGUUCCUUAUGUCAUGGGAUUUGUUCCCAAUGAAGGAGCUUUCAACGCUAACGCGAUCGCUAAUAAUUCCAUUCUAGAAGAGAUGAAUGAUCGCUCAAAGGUCAUAAUUCCUCAAUUUGUUGGAGCCCACACCAAUCCUUUGAGCGUACAAAUGUUGAAAGAGACAUUCUUCCCGGAUGGUUCCAACGAGCGAUGGCUAACAGAUGACAACCUCUACGAAUUGCAAGAGAUGCUUUCGGAAGGUUACAUAACCUACGCCAUUGUGCUGAGCAUCAAGCAGUACCUACACUACAAAAGUGCAACCCCCAAAGCCCCACUCAGUGUGUACUACUUCAACUUCAAGGGACGCUUCUCUCAAUCCUAUUACUACACCUACACAUUCGCGGACUAUGGCAUUUGCCACUUGGACGAUUUGAACUACCUCUUCCGACCGUCAGCUCUGUUUCCAGACUUUGUUCCGGAAACACCCUCCUGGUACAUGGCAAAGAUGCUAGUCGAUUAUUAUGUGCAGUUUGCUACUGGCGGUAUGCCUGGACCACUGUGUACCAACGAGAGCUGCCCAGUGCUGCAGUUUACGAAUUCGGACGACCCAAGCAAUCCAGUGCAAAUGAAUUUUUUGGAAGGGUUCAACGAGAAGCGAUUUGCAUUUUGGUACAACUUGUACGCUUUACAGAACUAUUGA